UGUACGGUUCUCACUUUUUUCGGCCUUACACAACGGAUUUCGCGCCUUGUUUCCUUUCCCCCUCACCAGAGCAUUUUCUCCGCCGUUUCUUGUUGAUGCAACCCUUAUUAUUGCCUCCGAAUUCAAAUUGCACCAUCAACAAUUAAACCGAUCUGUAAGUUUAUUCCAUGAAACAACUAAUCAAAAUCGUUUAGUUUUAUAGAUUGAUUCCGUUGAUGUUCAAACAGUAUUCCAACAAUUGAUCUCUUCUGGCCUUCGAGUUCUGCGCUCUAUUCUAAUCACCAUCAUUCUUCCUCAAUUGGUGACUGCACUCAAAGCUACCGUUGUUGAUUGUCCGUGAUUCAACCAUGAAGAUUGGAAAGCCCCUGUACCUCAAAACCUGGAUUGAUAUUUGUUGAGUACAUGCGCUUCCUUGGAAGUGCCCUGUAUUCAAGGAAGUUGCUGUAAAAAUGGACUCCAUUGCCAUUGAGGCGUUUGGUAGACGUAAGCAUAAGCUUUCUAAGAGGCAAAAAUCCAACAAGGAGGGUCAAGACUUGACAAGCAACCUACCUGACCACGUUAUUGGCCACAUUCUUUCUUUUCUUCCGACUAAGGAAGCAAUUCAUACCAGUGUUUUGUCAAAGAGGUGGAUGUGUCUCGUGACAUUUAUCACUGGACUAAAUUUUGAUGACAGAGACUUUAAAACGAUAAGGAAAAAAAGCUUUAUAGCUUUUGUAGAUAGGGCACUGCUUCAUUGGAAUAGUGGAGGCUUCCAAAGUGUUUCUCUUGCAUUAUUAGAUACUUACGAUGCUUCUUGUAUUAAGAAGUGGAUAUCAGUGGUUUUAAAUUUGAGAAUCAAAAAGCUUUGUGUCAAUCUGCAGAAUGAACUUGCAGUUUCCUCGGAUGCCUUUUAUAAAUGCCGGUACUUAGAGGAAUUGGUGCUGAAUAGGUUUGCCAUCACAGUUUCUUCCUUCGUUUGUCUGUCAUCCCUAACGAUCCUGAAGUUGUCUAGAACUAAAAUUACUUGGGACUCCUCUAAUGAGUCCGAAACGUUGACACUUAAUUUCCCAGCUCUCAGAAAGUAUGAGACAUUAGAUUGUUCUUGGUCAGGUGUGAAGAGUGUCACUUUACAAGUCCCUCUACUUGAAGUGGUUUCAAUAAAGUAUACUUCUAACUCUCGUGAUUCACAUGUUGAAAUUAAGUUUUAUGCUCCACGGCUUACAAAAUUUUGUUAUUCUGGUUUUGUAUUGGAUACCAUUUUGUUAGAUACAGACAGUUUAGCAUCUGCUGAUAUUACUCUAUAUAAUAAUAAGAAGAGUGUGCAAGAAAUUGAGAUGUAUGUUUGUAAACUUCUCAGUAUUAACCCAGAAAGUCUAAAGCUGUGUGUUUGCAUUAAGCAGUUCAUCCUUGCAGGAUCGAAAGAUCCUUUUGCAGCUAUUCCUCCAUUUGGACUGUUGAGUUAUCUAGAAUUAAACUUUGUUGGCUGCGAAUAUUUAUUAAGCAUACUCCUAAAGACACCCUGCCUCAAGACUUUAGUUUUAAAGGUGAUAUAUUUUGAUGGAAUGCUGAUGAAUUUUGCAACUGUGCCUCAUUGUUUGCUAUUUACUCUUAAAGUGCUGAAGUUUAAAAAAUCUGUUGGUCAUGAGCGAGGGUUAAGUAUUGCCAAAUAUAUUUUAGAAAAUGGUCAGGUAUUGGAGAGGAUUAAUUUUUGCCUCUGUUCCCAGGAAGCUCAAGAGAAGGUACUUUCAUUUAAGAAAAGUUCUUGUUCAGUGAUUUUAGAAUUUUCAUCUGAGCUGUAAAAAUAUCAUUUGAGGAAGCUUUUUUUAAGAUUGGUAAAAAAAGGAGUACAAUUUUAAUGUGAGAAUGUAUGUAAUUGCUACAUGCAGCUUUAUUAAUCUAAUACACGUGACAUUUUUGAGUGA